AAAUUCCCUAGGAAAAUGGUUUUACCAUGGAGGUCAGAAAAGCUGUUGGGAGAUAAAGAGAGCCUCACGAUUGGUUAAUCUGGAACGUGACGUAUAAAUUACUAGCUUGCUGAAGCCAAGGCCAAGGCGUGCUGUCUCCUUACCCACGGUCGCAAGAUUACGGGUUCUGGCUAUUCGGGCGUUCCGGUGGAGUUCGGCUGUACGAUUGCUGUGUAGUACCAUCCGUGAUUCCAAGUAUGCUGCUAUUAUUUUUAAAUAAUUUGCGUGCAGUUUAAUGGCAUAUCUUCUAUAACCACUUCAACACAAGAAUACCUGGGCCAAGAUGCCGGACGAUAGUGGUGAUAAUAUGCGAGCGGGUAUGUGGUUUAUCGUCAGCAUCCCGAAGGAAGAGACGGAGAUUGCCGAGCGAUCGCGGCCGGAGAGCCGCGCGACCUUGUCAGAAGAUGACGACACGGAAAACUUCUUGGAUAGUAAAGAACACCUCACUUUAAAACAGGCACUGCACGACUGUCUUGAGACAUACAGUAUACGCAACGCUGUCUGGACUGCAACUGCAGAAGAUAGAUUUUAUCAGGUAUGCUUCCCAUGUGAGGGGGGCAAGACCACAGACUACAUCCUCCAAGAGCUGACGUCGAGGGGAAUUGGGUCCAAGUGUGACUCGACCAUUGGUGUGCUGCCAUGCCCAAUAUUUUACAAAGCUGCCAGGCAAGACAGCGACGAUGAAGAAGAACAGCCCUCGGUCCACGCCACGCCAGAAGGGGAAGCGCUGAAGAAAGAAAAGGAGAGCACAUUCAGGACGAUGCAGAAGAAAUUCCUCAAGUCUGUGAAGGCACGUCUCACUGUAGCUCAGGUUGUGGCAGGCGUCAAGGCUCAAGGAGAGCUCACCUUCGAUUUUGUGGCCUUCAUCAUCCUUGCUGGCAUGAUUGCAGCUCUGGGUCUCAUGGACAACAAUGUGGUGUCCAUCAUUGCUGCCAUGCUUGUCUCUCCCCUCAUGGGACCCAUUAUGGCAAUAACUUUUGGCAUUAUUGUCCGUGACAAGGCCCUUACAAAGCUCGGCCUGAAGACGGAGCUGAUAGGCCUCUUCAUCUGUCUGCUGUUUGGUUUCUUCUUUGGGCUCCUGAAUGCCUUCUGGGGAGAUAUUCCACCCUAUGAAGGCACUAGCUGGAGUCCCUCACGCUGGCCGAACCCCGAGAUGAGCUCCAGGGGUCACUGGCGUAGCCUGUGGGUGGGUUCGCUGGUGGCGCUGCCUUCGGGAGGGGGUGUCGCUAUGGCCAUCCUAGGGGGGAACUCUGCCUGCCUGGUUGGUGUGGCCAUCUCGGCCUCCCUACUGCCCCCCAUCAUCAACAGUGGUAUCCUGUGGUCUCUCUCCCUAGUCAAGGUCCUAAAGUCCGUAACUCAGGACCCCAUUGAGGUGAACGUGACGGGGACGACCAUGCUGGUUCCACCGUCAUUCCUGGCGCCCAGCAACUACCAGCCAUACUAUUUUGACGAGUUCAGCAUGCAUAAAGAGUGUGCCGUUCUCGGCGUCGUCUCCUUCUGCCUCACCGUGGUUAACAUCCUCUGCAUCAUCAUGUCGGGGACUCUCGUGCUCAAGAUCAAGGAAAUUGCACCUGCCGCAAGCUUACGGGGCACCAGGCGAUUUUGGAAGUAUGACAUCAAGGUGGCGAGGGACUAUAACAAGACGCUGGGAGAAGACAUGGGCAAGGAGUUUCUCAAAGAGUGGCAGCAACUGGAUGACACGAAAGGUGGAGAUGCUGCCAAUGAUCUUCAAGACCUGCAGGACAUUCUAGAUGAAGCAGAAGACGAUGAGGUGUACCAAACAGUCAGGCAGCAGGUCGCUAACCAUCCUCCUAUGAACUUUGUCCGUUGCCUGUCACGAACGUUUUCCGUGCCGGACGAAAGGAGGGCGGCGCCAUCUUACGGCACCCGCAUGAACGUCUGGGAGGUGGAGUCGCUUCUGGAAGAGUCGGCCCGUGCCAAGAAGCCGCCUAGGGUCACCUUCCAGCUCAAGAGGAGCAAGUCGGAAACUCGGGACACGGAUCCCAAAUCGCCUUCGGGACGAGAAAAGAAAGGCCGCAAGGGGCCCGGCUUCUUUCACUUCCGACCGUCGGCCUCGCGAUUCGAGGUGUCCAGGGUGGACGAACAGCCAGAGCCGCUUCUACGGAAGAUGCGGAGGCUCUACCACAGUACGGGACAGCCUUCCACGACCUCUGCUUGAGUGCCCUUCUUUUUUGCGACCGGGCGUUUGCCGGAAGAGCCACUCGGGUCUCCAUUAGAAGUGGAGCCGACCUGGCUCAAGCUAAACUGCGAGCCAGUCGGAGUCGCGUCAAAACUUAUGGUGCCCGGAAUGUGUCUCCGACCAUUGUGUUUACCACGUUCUAGUCUGUGGUCCUUUGACUUCGGGUCAACAAUGUCGUGGAAGCAUCACGCUUUUGCCUGCUGUGAUCCUGGCUGUGGCACUGCAAUUGGUGCUAAUGAGGCAGACCCUCGCUCAGCCUUGGAUCGCUUUUCAGCUUGACGGUCCGCGGCCGUGACGACUGUGUCGCUUGCGUUUGAUCGCCUUCUUUGCCGGAACUUUUAUGACCAUUCGCCAGCAAUGCAACAUCCGACAGCAUGACGUGCCGGCUGCUCGUGUAAUGUAAUUCGUUACUUUUUUGGGACUGCUUUCAAUGCACAGGCAGUGUAGGUUGCUAAACACACCCGUCGAAGAGGCAUUUCGGGCACCAUAGUCGAAAUCAACAUUUGACAACCGUAACCACGUAACGGGUAUUCAGGCUGCUAAGCAAAUGCGGCCUCACAUGCAGAAUGAGGGGGGGGGGGGGGGGGCGAUUCCGGACAGUUCUUUUGUGUACAGAAAUGUGUCUGCAUUUUUUUUUUUUGUGGUGGAAGUUGAGAGUCAACGGGAGUGCCUGCUUUUGUCUGUCUCGCAGGCUAGACAAAGUAUGACAGUGUUUCCGCUGUCUGAACACUUGUCUCUUCCCUAACGGCUUUGCUAACUAACCAUUCUGUUGGUGAUGGCGUCAGUUUUGUAGAGCAUCCAAAACGCGUGUCCCCGACCGAAAUCAUUCGGUUAAAGCGUGAAUUUGGUUUACCAAGAGCUGUAUGAGCAGGACGUGCUUUUCGUUUGCAAAAAGGAAAGGGGGUUACGGUGAUUUCAUGCUCCUUUCCAGGUCUCUUCCUCAAUCUGGAGUCAUUCUUUAUUGGGUAGUGUGCCAUUAUUUGGGCAAGCAAAAAUGCAAGUAUAGGUUUUGGGAAAGACCCAUUGCCAAUUGCUACUUGGGUAGCUCUGUUUAUUUUUUUGCCUUCCUUGGCAACUAUCCAAUGAUCACAGGAACCUCUAAACUUUCUGGUGGCCAUGUGACUGGUGGCCAUGUGAUGUCUUUUUUUAAUGAUUCAUACUCUAUUGUCUGGUAGAGUUUCUUGCAAAUUGAAGCAAGAACUGCUACAACACGAUACAAUUUGACUUGGAGUGGCCCUUCUCUUUUAGAGCCAGGUUAUGUAAGGGACACCGAGCGGCGAGCGGGUGGGAGGAACGACAUUUCUUAAACUUCGGUUGUUGACGUCGCCUCUGAACUUAUAUACCAGUUUGAGCUGGUGUCUUGAAUGAUCUCCUACAAAGUUUUUAGACAUGUCAAGAUUUAUUUUUCUCUUUAUUGACAUGAUUAAGACAGGAUUUGUUGUGGAACAGUUGUGUAUGUAAUUGGUUUGCUAUGGCAGAAAAGUUUUGCUAAUGAUCUCCUUCACAUUGUGGCAUGUGUACUUGUAUACUGAUAUAGCAUUGAAUGGCAUUUGGGCAUUAUUGGGCCUUUCUCUUCAUGAGAAAAGUGACUCAUCAACCAUAUGAGCAGAUAGGGAGUACAUAUUUGAGACCACAGCAUGCCUGGUACAACAGCAUUCUAGUUGGAAUAUGUGUCGUGGAGUGUUGUAAUGCUGCAGAACCCUUGGGAAGCCUGUUUGUACUUGCAGUGUUAGUUUUGAAGUGUUCAAGUAUGUGCAUGAGCAUUACCACUUUAUGAUCAUUGCCAUCUAGUAGCUAUUCAUUGCCAUUUUGUGGUUACAUGGUCACCAGUGAAAUGGGGCAAGAAGCUUUUUGAAGAAUUAAGGAACCCUAGCUUGAAAGUAGCUUUGAGAUGACUUUGCCUCCCAUUGUUCUUAUGAGGUGCACUCAGAAUAAAAUGAGAUUACCACAGGUGAAUGGCUAUAUACUGUGAUGAUACAAACACAACAGAAAUGAGACUGUCUAGGCCGAUUAUGCCCUUUUACCUUAGAGGUGCUGUGGCAGACACAUUAUUUCCAAAGCUAUGAUUAAUUGUAUUUGUGCAAGUUGUAAAAAAAUUAUCAAGCUCUGGUAGGGCACUAGUUUGCAAAGAGCAAAAUAUAUUGCAAGCAAAAAUGUGAAGGUACACACACACUGUUAAGCACGGCAGAGAACAUGAAGAUGUGUGAAGCUGCUUUUUGACAACCUCCUUAAGGAACAGACAUAGACCCUACCCAUCAAUCUGAUUAUCUUGUUAUAUCACGGUGCAUUUCGUUACUGUAGUGCCAUUCUUUUAUCAUUUGGGACGAUCGCUCCUUUGUGCUAAUCUCAUUUAAUUCUGACCCUACUGUGAUUCUUAUAUAUGACCACUCUGCAUCCAAGGUUGUGUGCUUUUACAGUAUGUGUUUGGUCUUAAACUGAUGAAAUUGCAGGGCUCGGGGGACUGCAGUACAAAGGGUGCAAAAAGCUUGGGGUAGGUCUAAUACCUACAGGUCCUAUGAUUGCCAUUCAUAGAAGAAUGUUACAACUAGCUCAUUGUUUUUCAUAAUCACAAAGUAUUUUUUUUUUACAGUGUAAUAUGUAGUAUACUUUGUUUCUUCUUUGAUAGCAUGAUGAGUAACUACAUUUACUCUCUCUUUUGGAGAAGCAUGAGCAUCUCUGAUUUUGGGUUCAUUCUAGCUAAAGUUGCUGAAUUUGUGUGAAUUUGGUUGCACUUUUCUUUUUUUACAGUAUCCAGUUUGCUAUUUUUGCUGAGGAACAAAUUCAUGCUUGAACAUGCUCCUCAGCUUACAAGUAGGGCAAAACAUUAUUGAAAUGGUCUUUGUGGGAAUGACAGUGCAGUUCAAUGUUUAGAGGUGAAUUGCUUUUCAAUAAUUAGCUCGUAAAAUGGCACCAUUGCUGUGACUUCAGUGCCUGCACAUCUGGGUUGUGAUGAAGGUUGUGCCGUCGUGCUUAAAUGUUGCCUCUGUCAACGUGGGUCGCAGUUGCUAAGCUUAGCUUUGGUCUGCUGCGAGUCCAGCGUAACUUGAUGGAACAGCAAUAGCACCCUUUAAUAAUGUAAUUUUCCUAUGCUGGAUUGUUUGUGCUAUUACUCUCUUUCAUACAUGGCACAGCGUUUUGGAAGCUUCAAACUGGAGAGAACUCUAGGUGCGCAAGCACUUGUGCAAAUGCAGCAGCAACAAUUUGUGUCUAGGAAAGGGAGCAUAGUGCCGUGCAUUUUGUGCUCAUAUGUUUCAAGAUAUACGUGUGUACUAUUUAUUUUAGAUAAUUUACUCCUGGGUGAAGGUGGUUAAACGGAGGGUCUAGCUACUAGGCGAUGACAUUGGUGUGUUAAUUGUGAAGAGUUUUAGUUACAUUGUACAAGCUUCUAUAUGCCUGUCAAGCACAAAAACAAGAGUUGGUGCUAUAGUGUUGCUGUUGGUGUGUUCCAGUGACAAAAUGGUAGGCUUCAUAUCGUGUGAUAAAUGUUGUACAAUAUGAUUUUCCUACCACUGAUUGCCUGAAAGCUUCAAAGUACCGUAUGCGGCGUCUGUUUGCCUUCACGAAUUUUGCAAAUCUGUUGAGGCUGCAGUAAUAAAAGGACAGUUACAGGCGUG